CUCUUGCCUACAGCGAGCGAUUACACGUAUCGCAACUCGCAUAGGUCAGUUUCUUAUUUUGUGUAAAUCUGCGCUGUUGGGCUCGAAGCGUAAGUGCGAUGGAGGACGAUGAUCAAGUUCGCGUUAAGAAGAGUUCCAAGAAAAAAAAGCCGAAAAUGGGGGAACAAGUAACGAUCGCUGAUCUUACUGAAACUUUAGAUAGUUUAGCAGAAACUGUAACUCAGAUGGCCAGUACGAACAGAAAUAUACUGAAGAACAACCAGACGGUUGUAGAGUACUUGAUGGAUUUGCGAAAUGCAAAAAAAGCUGCAAACUUGUCGUAUACCAUGCAAAGUGUAGCGGAAAAUCAAACACAAGGUGAAACAAUGGAACAGGAGACGUCUGCAAGAACAGCAAGCCAAACUCAGGAAUAGCCAUUUACUCCUCGUUAAUUUUUCAUUCAUAAUUUUAAACUUUGCGAUAUUGAAUUUA